GAUUGUUUGGGCAGAUUUUAGUAUCUUGAAUUAUUUACAAUAAUAUUCAUUUAAAUUACUAAGAAAUACUUACGAGAUGAAGUUUGCUAUCCCCGAGAUUUCUUGGCAUAAUAGGGAUCCUGUACUUAGUGUAGACUUUCAGCCAAAAACCGAAGAAAAUGGUCCAUUGCGUUUAGCAACUGGGGGAACAGAUUCGCACGUUUUGAUAUGGUACGUGUCUCCGUUAGAAAAUGGUUCAGUGAAUUUAGAAGUAGCAGCUGACCUCACGCGACAUCAGAAAGCAGUAAACGUGGUACGAUGGUCGCCUAGCGGCCAGUAUCUGGCGUCGGGGGACGAUGAGUCGAUCAUAUUUGUUUGGCAGCAGAAGACAGAGAAGGACCCCUUGCCUGCUGAUCCUAAUGAGGAACAAUACAAAGAAACUUGGGUUAUUUAUAAAACUCUUCGCGGACACUUAGAGGAUGUAUUGGAUCUUAGCUGGGCUUCCAAUUCCCUGCACCUAGCCUCCGGCUCCGUGGACAACAAACUGGUGGUUUGGGAUGUAACUCGGGGAAAAUACAGCUCCAUUCUCAGUGAUCACAAGGGCUUUGUUCAAGGUGUGGCCUGGGACCCUAAGGGGCAACUGAUUGCAUCAGCUAGUACCGACAGAGUAUUCCGCACCUUCGACAUCACCACGAAGAAGGUAACAUCUCGCAGCAGCAAGGCCUCCCUGCCGUUCCCGGCGGCUCACCCGCUGCACGGCGUGCCGGUGCGCCUGUUCCACGACGACACGCUGCAGACCUACUACCGGCGCCUGCAGUUCAGCCCCGACGGCAUGCUGAUCGCCGUGCCCGCGGGCAGGAUAGAGGCCGAGGUCAAGAUGGAAAUCAAGCCGAUAAAUGCAGUUUAUAUUUAUACUAGAUAUAGUUUGAAAGUGCCAGCCUGCGUGCUGCCGUGCGGCGACCCGGCGCUGGUGACGCGCUGGAGCCCCGUGACGUACGGCGUGCGGCCGGGCGGGCCGCGCGGCCUGCCGCUGCGCGCGCGCAUGCUGCUGGCCGUGGCCACCAGGCGCUCCGUCAUGAUCUACGACACGCAGCAGAAGACGCCUGUCGCGGUCAUAUCUAACAUACAUUACACGAGGCUUACAGACCUGAGCUGGUCGCCGGACGGACGCACACUGGUGGCGUCCAGCACGGACGGCUACUGCUCCGUCGUGUCCUUCGCGCCCGGCGAGCUGGGGGACGCGCUGCCCGACGCUCCCGAGCAAACUCGCAAGGAUGUUGCGGAACAAAUGGAAGUUGACACUGAAGAACAGACUGAAGCUGAGAAAGAUGUCAAGGAAGCUAAAACAAUAGAGAAAAAAGAAGAACCUACCCCAAGCCCAAAAUCCAAGACACGUAAAAUAGACUCUUUCAUAAAAUUCAAAGCACCCUCAGAAAAGUCGCCAAAAAAGGGAAAAUCUGAACCCAAAGCAAAAACCCCUGUGAAAAUAGACCUCCUCGUCGAAACGGCGAUGCCGUCGUGGUCAGACAACUCCAGCAACGAAAUCAUUAAACCACCUUCAGACGGAGACAAAAACAGCAAAGAUGAAGUUAUGAUAAUUGAAGACAGUGAAGACAUGAAACUCGUGUACGAAGAAACUGAACAGAACAAAUCUAGUGAAAGUCAAUCACCAACUCAAGCUUCAACUGCUAACAAAUCAGACGCAGGCGAUACUAAGACGACAAAUGAAAGUCCACCCAAAACAAAGGUUUCACCUAAAAAUACCAUGAACUCAUUCCUACAGCAAGCCAAGGUGACGGAUAUGAAGGAGCCCGUGGCGGUGGCGUCUGUCCCCAGCCCAAAGGCGCCCCGGCGGGUCAGUUUCGUCACGCUGUCGAGCCCAAAGAAUUCUAAGAAAAAGCUAUAAAACGGACUUUGACAAUAAGAGUAUUUUUGAUAUGCAGGCAUAAGUAUUUUAUAAUGUGGACACAGAUAAUUUUGUAUACAUUUCAUAUUCAAAUAAUGUCGAGUCUGAGAUAGAGAUCUUGAUGAUUGAAAUAAGACUGUUAUUUUUUGUGAAUUUUAAUAAUUAGGAUUAUAAUUAUUUUAACUAGUACACUCUCAGAAACAUUAUUAGUUAUAGAUACUUAUGACAAUAAUAAUAAAUAAAAUCAAUU